AUGGUCGCAGCCUCCCAGCGCCGAGCGCUUUUCCUGCCCCGCGGCUCAGCCUGCCCCGCAGACGGGGGAGAAGUUUCCCAGAAAAAUGCCCGGCGCGCCGCGGCGCCCUGGAGCCGCCCGGAGACGCUGCGCGCAAAGGAGGAAGGAACAAACAACAAAUUAAUCAUACAGGAAGCGAAUAACCACAGAGAACGUCUGCCUCUGACUCAGUAUGUCACAUUUAAUAAGAGGCCAGAGCGUGUCCAAAAUGGCUGUCCAAAAACGACCCCGCAUUUGCCUUAG